AUGUCGCCACAUUCUUAUAUGAUGCCGGAUUCGAGAAAAGCGACAGAAAUGGAGCCAACCCCCGAAAAUAUCAUUCGUCCCCAAACUUCAGCUCCUUCGUUGAAGGUCUUGAGCAAUCGACCUGCCUCCUUUCGCUCUACCAAUUCAAGAAGUGGGGCGUACCGCCACGCUCUACUCAAGUCCGAAGCGUCUCGCCAGCAGUCCACCGAGAGGGACCUUCCGGUUCCUCCAGUCCUCACCCAGGUAGAUACUUUGGCAUCACCAGCCCAAGAUUUCAAGCGAGACCUGCGGUUCUCCAACGUCCCGGUACCGCGACGACACUCAUCUGAAGACCUUCUGGCAGUCCAAGAUUCACCCACAAUGGGGAAGGAUACUGCUCUACGGCCUGAGAUUGUGUGUACCGACUCAGAUUUACACUCACCGAGUUCUCAUAGCAUGGUUAAUCAUCCAGUCUUGGUCAAAGGAGACGUCUCCUGUGACGAGGACAUUACUGUUGACCAGGACUCCCCAACAGAGGCUCCAAACAGACGUCGAAUUUCUCCAGAAGAUUUGUCUGACGCGAUCUUGACGGGUCGAAACUAUCGAACGCUGACGGGAGGUGACCUAUGCGAGGUAAUUGUCGACGUCACAGAGCACAUACACGGGGCCAUAGCGCUGCGAUCAAGUUACUUUCCCAAUGAGACCCACGAAGGACAUGUAUGGGUCGAGAAAGUACAAUCGUACCAUGGCAGCCCCUCGGAUCCAUUGACGUCCAAUGGCGACGUUCAUUCGAUACCGCGGUGUUUCAUUCACCCCAAUGCUGAACAGAACAUACCUUUGCAGGCCGAGGAAACCUCCAAAGCAGCCUCAUAUUGGGGAUUUCUCCCUACCUUUGGAGAGAAGAAGCAAGAACCGCAAGUCAUUAAUGAUGAAUCAGACAAAAUUCCGGUUGAGGAUGGUCAAGAAGCUCAGGGGCUAACAAACAGCGGUAUGAAACCGUUAGCUGCCCUCUCAUCUGGAAAUAUCAGUCAUUCCACUCCCUCGCGGAAAAACCAAGAGUCUCCUCAAAGGGUCGCCACGAAGUCUCACGACUUAGUUCAACCAGAGAGCCCGGCAAGUAUUGCCUCAAUUCCGGGUAACCCUCAUAGGAUGAGGAAUGGGGACACUACUUCACCCAGCACCACUGUCAAACAGGAAAAUGCGCCGCAAGGGGAGGUAUCAACCACGCCCGAGCCAGCACGUCGAUCAUUCACAGUUAAUGUAUUGCAAGAGCGACUUCAAGCUCUCCAACUGGAGAGAGGAGACCCGCGCCGCUCAACUAUUUGCGUCUCGCCUCCUUCUCGAUCCGAUCAAAAAUCUCCGGGGAAUGCUCUGCCACAGCCAAUACGACGCUUUAUCCCUGAGGGAUUGGAUACUAAGCGCACUCUACAAUGGCUUCGCGAGCAACUCAAGAAUGCUAACUCCAGGGGCCCAAAGCUCACCAAGCGUCCUAUGAAACUACACCCCAGGCACCAAGACCAUGGCCACAGCCGUGAUGAUCUCGGCCUCGCUCUCGCCUCAAGAGUUACGACCUUCUCUGACAAAGAUGCUGCAGAUGUUGGGGCCAUGCAAGAAGCUAUGCAAAACCUCGAGCAGAUCCUCAGUGAAGCUUUGGACAUCGCAAACGAGGUUGCAGAACGAGAUGAAGAUGGGCAGGUUGACGAUGGCCACCUUCAUCAGCGGUCUGAAAGUAUGUCGGAGGUGUUCCAUGACGCUCCGAGUGUCCACGAGAGCGUAGCGAGUGAUUCAAAUACCGACUACGACGGUGAUCUAACCGGUGCCCUCAUGGAGCCCACAAUUGCACAUGCCAAAGAGUGCCCAGCCUUGUUUGUUGGAGCUGUGCAAGAAUUGAGUCAUGGAUGCGAAGCUUCCCCUCUUGGGUCUGUUAAACGUCAUGGGUUGGACACGCCUGACAUGCGCAGCGGCAAUGUCAGAGGGCCAGCACUUCCGGAUCGAGGAUCUAGCUUGCGUGCCCGCAAGCAUGUAGGCAAACGCCUGGUUCGACAAGAGGGGCAUAGAAGUGACAGUCCUUUCCUUCCGAUGCCGCCACCUGACAAUCAGCUCAGAAGAGACUGCGCGUAUCCAGCUCCUCAUGCUUACGAUGAGGAUGACCCCAGCACGAUACGCGAGCCCCAUACGUCAGGUAAUGUGCCAAACAGCAGAGAAGUUCGUGAGUACAUCCGCGUCUUCCACCAGCCACCCAUUGUGCCCCGGGACAGCUCUAAGAACCUUCGAGAAGCUGCCAAUAAUUAUCAUGUGCCGAAGUCCGACCGAAAAGGAGAAUACCACACCAAGCAUUACAGAGAUGUAGACGGUUGUAGCUUGGAUGGCGGGGCAUCUGAUGAAGUAGUGGACUUUCUCGAAACUCCUCAAAUCGGGCGGACAGUCACUGGUGCUUUGAAACCACCCAAGCAAUCUCGCAUGGCAGCUGCUGCUAGCCACUCAGGGGCACACCACCAUGAGGAGGCAGCGAAGCGUGCUCAUGACCUAAAAAAGAUCAGUCUCCGAGGGAGGUCGCAUGUCAGCAUCAAAGACGUGAGCCGCUUCAGCUUGAUGAAGCUACGUCGUCGUCAAACCAUCGCUCGAAACUGGUCACCCGUGCGAAAAAGGUUUGUAGCUGCGGUCGCUUGCAUCAGCACAGCUUUAAUAGGCGUUCUGAUUGGCAUUUAUGCCGGACUCGUACCAUCCAUCCAGUACUACAUUGCCGACUUUGACCAUUAUGCAAUCCUGGGCAAUGUGGGCCUUUACCUCGGCAUGGCCAUUCCAACGUUGUUCUGCUGGCCUUUGCCAUUGUUGCAUGGCCGCAAACCUUACAUCCUGUCCAGUCUGGCUAUUGCUAUGCCCCUGCUCUUUCCCCAAGCCAUCACAGUCAGCGCACCAAGAUCGCCAUAUACAAGUGCCUGGAGAUGGGCAUUGCUCCUGCCCAGGGCUUUGAUGGGUGUGUCUCUGGGAUUCGCAAGCAUGAAUUUCCACUCAAUAUUGACAGACCUUUUUGGUGCUUCGUUGAUGAGUAGAAACCCUCACCAGGAGGUUGUGGAUGAGUAUGAUGUGAGGAGGCAUGGUGGUGGACUAGGAGUUUGGCUCGGCAUUUGGACCUGGUGCUUCAUUGGAUCUCUUGGUGUAGGUUUCCUCGUCGGCGCCGUUAUCAUCGAUAACUUGCCACCCUCUUGGGGGCUGUAUAUCAGCAUCAUACUGAUUGCGGUCGUACUAAUUCUCAAUGUUUUGACCCCCGAGGUUAGACGUUCGGCAUGGAGGCGAUCAGUGGCUGAAGUCAGAGUUGGUUCCCAGGUUUCUCGACGCGUCGGACGCGGGGAGAUCAUGAUGUCUCGAGUCAAAGACGGCCCAAAAUGGUGGGGCCAAGAAGUGUAUCACGGUGUGGCACUCUCGCUUGAGAUGCUUCGGCAACCUGGUUUUGCAGUCAUCGCUUUAUACUCAGCGUGGAUCUAUGCCCAAGUUGUACUAAUCAUUGUGCUCCUUGGGUCAUUGACCUCUAGAUACUACCGCUUUCGAGCAUCCUUCGUUGGCGCUGCCGUGUCAUCUGUAGCCAUCGGCGCUCUGGCAGCAGUUCCUUUCCAGAAGGCCAAUCUGUUUUCGCGCUCAAGAUACAAGCCUCAGACCUCAAGCGGCCAGUCUUUGGACCAGACGGUGACAUGGACGUCACAUCUGGUCCGCCGCGUCAUCUUCACAAUUAUUCUGCCUAUUGCAGGUGUCAUGGUCACAGCGGGCUAUGCAAUUAUACACGGCCUGGGAUUUGUGUUUGCAGCAGGGGCAACUGGCAUUGGAGGCAUGGCUCAACGAACUCUGGGUCAAAGAGCUGCCACAGCUGUCGUAGCUUCGAUAUUGUUUGUCAUGACGGUUUUGCUACUCGCCGUGCUUGUUCGCUUCAGGAAGACUGAAAUCAUUCCGCGCUCCCGAAGCAUGGAGAUGGACAAGUGGACCUCUGCUCGCAGAGACAGCAUGCGUCGACGGGCGUCGGCCAUCGCCGCAGCCAAGGUCAGCGGUCAAAAAGACUUGACUGACAUUCCCGAAGAGGAUGUCGGCUGGAGACCUCUGAUCAUCGGCAAUCCAUCGGAGAAGCAUAGACGGAUGAAUUUCCUGGAGCUCGGCUCCUUGACACGAUGGUCGGAGAUCCGGAAGAAGAACCGUCUGAUUGACCAAGGCACACAUCUCAACCGGACAGCGCUCGAAAUGGCGCGAUCGGAGCUGGGGCAGAUGGGCCAAGAUGUCCUAGACGACCUCCACCGUGGUAGAGCCAAGGUUGGAGAGAUCGUACGCAAGGUUAGCAAGAGGAGCUUGCGAAGUAAAAGGAGCUACGCAUCUUCGGAUGAUGAGCAAACAGGACCAAGAAACGAGUCGAGGGACGUGGCAUCGACGGGGACUGGCUUAGGUCACGGUGCAAACCACAAUCCGAACCACAAUCCAACAUAUCCAGCCGACGUGUUUAUUGAACGAGAAUGCGUCAUGGGCCAGACGGUGCCGGAGGAGGCCGAGGAGAGCUCAUCGGUGGAAGGCGGCGGAACAGCUGACGACGAAUACCUGAGACGCGGCUCUCGAGACCACACUUCCCACAUGGUGUCCAAGGUGCGGCCGUAUACCGGCUUUGCGCAGCAGGAGGUGAGGGGCGGCCGUCUCCCGUCUCAAGACUAUGUAGUAGACACGGAUGUUGCGCGAAGAGGCCAUGCUUCUCACACACAGCCAAAGGUGCAACCAGCGGAUCCAGAUGGCCUGAGAUUGAGAGAAGCGCAUGGCGCCCAUAUGGAGAGCAAAGUCAAGCCGGCGGACCUGGAGGAUGAGACAUCGGAAGGCGGACAGGUUUCGCUCCACAAGAAGUCGAGGUAG